AUGUCUAUUUUUACUCCUACUAACCAGAAACGUCUGACUAAUGUUGCUGUGGUCAGACUUAAAAAGGGUGGUAAACGAUUCGAAAUCGCAUGCUAUCCAAAUAAAGUAAUGUCUUGGAGGAAUAAAGUAGAAAAAGAUAUUGAUGAAGUCCUCCAGACCCACACAGUGUUUAUGAACGUCUCCAAAGGACAGGUUGCCAAAGCUGAGGAUUUGAAGAGAGCUUUUGGUACAGAAGACCAAAAUCAAAUAUGUUUACAAAUUUUAGCCAAAGGAGAACAGCAAGUUUCAGAAAAAGAAAGACAUACGCAACUGGAAUCAAUGUACAGAGAUAUUGCUACCAUUGUUGCAGACAAGUGUGUAAAUCCUGAAAAUAACCGCCCACAUCCAGUCACUCUCAUUGAGAAAGCAAUGAAAGAUCUGCACAUCUCUGUAAAACCAAAUAAAAACACCAAACAACAGGCAUUGGAUGUCAUCAGGCAACUUAAAGAGUCAGAUGCUAUUAAAAUACAGAGAGCCCAAAUGAGGUUAAGAGUAAGAAUACCAGGAAAAGAAGCAAAGAAGUUGAAAGACAAAAUUAAGAAGUUGAGUAUGAAAUUAGAACAUGAAGAUUUUGAUGAUGAACUGGAAAUGAUGUCUUUUUCAUUUUCUUCUUUCUUUUUUCAUUUUCUUCUUUCAUUUUUUCAUUAUUUUUUCUUUUUUUGUCAUUUUUUAUCUUUUUCUUGUCAUUUUUUGUUAUUUUCUCUUUUUUCUCAUUGUUUUUCUCUUUUUCUACAUUUUUCUUUUUUUCUUUUCUUUUUUUUCUUUUCUUCUUUUUUUCUUUUCUUCUUUUUUUCUUUUCUUCUUUUUUUCUUUUCUUUUUUUUCUUUUCUUUUUUUUUUUUUUUUUCUUUUCUUUUUUUCUUUUCUUUUCUUCUUUUUUUCUUUUCUUUUUUCUUUUCUUUUCUUUUUUUCUUUUUUUCUUUUCUUCUUUUUUUCUUUUCUUCUUUUCUUCUUUUCUUCUUUUUUUCCUUUCUUCUUUUUUUCCUUUCUUCUUUUUUUCCUUUCUUCUUUUUUUCCUUUCUUCUUUUUUUCCUUUCUUCUUUUUUUCCUUUCUUCUUUUUUUCUUUUCUUCUUUUUUCUUUUCUUCUUUUUUCUUUUCUUCUUUUUUCUUUUCUUCUUUUUUUUUUUUCUUCUUUUUCUUUUCUUCUUUUUUCUUUUCUUCUUUUUUCUUUUCUUCUUUUUUUCUUUUCUUCUUUUUUCUUUUCUUCUUUUUUCUUUUCUUCUUUUUUCUUUUCUUCUUUUUUUCUUUUCUUCUUUUUUUCUUUUCUUCUUUUUUUCUUUUCUUCUUUUUAGUUGGGAACUUUCCAUCACUCCUUUGUACAAUAAAUGUCACUCAGGAAUUUGCAUAAGUCGUAAUAAAAAGUAA